UUAACAUUUUAUUUACCCCAACAUAUCCAAACAAUUCAACAUGUAAUCUACAUAAAAACAAUGGAGCUCUUUUACCUUUUCUAAAGACGGUCUCAAAACGCAGCGUGGAUUUUAAACAAAGAGCAUAACUCAAUUCCUAUUUGCCACAUUUCCAGGGUUCAUUCACCGCAUGGGGCAAGGGGCUACCACACUGGAAAACACAGACGUAGAACCUUCAAUGGCCCGGAGCUUCUUCCUAAGUCACAAGGGCACCGUGCCCAUGAAUUCAAAGGGAAAGACCUGCAGGCCUGCUGUGUCCAAAGUCAUGCAUAGUAAGAAAGUAGAUGGGCCCACUCUUGUUUCCAUCACCCCACCAAACGCUGCAGUGGCCAUCCUCUUUCAGGGUUCCUUUCCCUCAGCCUUUCUCUAGGCCUGGAAAGUGUCAUAGGACGUGUCACCAGGUUGGCCACCAGGUUGGUCUCAAUGACCUCAACUGCUUGCCACCGCGCUUUUUCAUUCCCUACCUCUUGCUCAUUUAAUAUCACCUUUAUCCUAGGAUUUAUUAUUUCUAUAUUUUCUCUAAGCCUUUCUCUGUCUUAAUCCUAGUACCUCCAUAAACCCACCUUGACCUUGAGGAUUAUUUUGAAAACCUGAUUCUCACCCAGUCCCCACCUUCUGCCAUCAUCCCCCACACUUUACCAUGUGAAUGCACAUAAAGGAAAUCAUUUGAUGAAUACAUUUGUUCAACAUUAUUCAUAUCUUAUAUGUCAGCCUAAGUUAACUUCACCUUUUAGAUUGACAACAAUGUACUGAAAGAAACAAUAUUUUACUUAUGGUGUUUGGAGGAACAAAGAUAUGGCUCAGGAUAGUCAUGUUACAACAUUUAAAUACAGUGAAGAUGCUUCACUGUUUCUUAGGGACUAAAAUUGAACAUUAAGACUUUGUCAGGUAUCCGUAUAUUGAUCAAGUUCACAGCUAUUGGCUGGCUAGUAUUACAAAGUUAAACCUAAGGGCAGUACUUCAGAUAGUAUUUUCACAUUUAUGACUCAAAAAACAGCAACAAAGAUCACCUCAUAUUGUAAAAAGAAAUUUAGAAGAGUAGUAACUGAAAAAAUAUCUAUCUGUAAUCUGAUUUUUUUCUCUACCACUCUAUACUUUGAAUGUAAACUACACACUUAGCGAUGGCUUAAUUUGAAAACAAUUGCAUCUUUGUAUAUGUCAAUGACAUGUUUAUUCUAUGUUGCAGGUUUGGUAAAUGAUCAGGAAAUGAUGCCAUCAUUUCCCAAUUUUUCAGCCUGCAUGGCUUAGAUUCUUAGUCAACUAAAUUACAAUAAUCCCCUACUUUGAAUCUAUAAUCAUCUCGUUACACUUUUCGUUACACUUUUUGAAGUUACUUUCCCCUUCUGGACCUCAAAGGAAGAGUGUUAACUUUUCUGCAAUUGUAUAAAUCCCUACUUUGUUUGGCCUUAGAUAUCGAGGUGGUAGCAAUGAAUUUAUAAUUUAUAGAUUUAAAUACCUUUAACUAGAGGCACCCCCUUUCCCCAAGCAAAGAUAAUGCUUUUUUUACUGAAUGCCUUUUGGCAGCAAUCUUUUUUCCCCUGAGCACUUCACCCCCCACCCCGCUUUUUUUCUGAGUUGGGGUAUUCCCAUUUCACAGAUAAAUACACACAGUGACUGUGGAUGAACGGAUACAACAGAUGAGAGUCAGAAUCAGGACCUAUAUCCACAACUCUCCAACCCUGAGUUAGUGAACAUUUUUUUUUCAAUAAUUAUCUAUGUUGAGGGAAAGGCAAGCUAUUAAAGCUCCAAAUAGAUUCAGGGUAGACCCUCUGGGAAGUUCUAUUCUGAUUUCUAUGGAAAGUAUCCAGAAGCCAACCUUCCUAGCCAGGACUUGCUGAUUGUCAAAGGUGUUAGGACCAAAUGGUGUGCCCUUGCCACUGCGUAUGUGUUGGUGUGUGUGUGUGUGGAGAGGUGGCUACAAAAAAUCCAUCCUUUCCUGUUUAAGAUGACUAUAUGUAUUUACUUCCAUUUGAAACACUGGUGUGAAAGGUAAACUAUGAAUGUAUGAGUGUGUGUAUAAAUAAUUUCCUCCCCCCCAGAGAUACCCAAGAGGAUUUCUCUUAACAGCUCAUUGAGUAUAGCUGGCUGGCCAGCCGGCCGUGGUUUGACAUCGUCUGAUUUCGGAUCUGCACUUAAAGCCAUUACAUGAGUAUGUCGCUGCCACUUAGCUGACUUAAGCCUGGAGCCUGAAGUAUGUCUCCAAACACCUUCAAUCUGGUAAGAGAAAAAUCAUAGCCAAAUAUUCUAUCGUGCUCCAAUGUCUUACUCCACUAUAAUCAUUUCACUCUUUCGCCCCUGCCUCUCUGAGCCUGGAGAAGGAAAAAGGAAACAGCUCUACUUUCUAAGGGUUCUUGUAUGCAGAUACUGGGCAUCUCCAUUCCUGUUCCUACCCGCUAGACAACUUUCCCGCAGUUUCCCUGAAAUUUUCCAGACGCGGCUGACGACUGCUUGCCUCGCCCCCACUCUUCUCCGCGGGUCGCGCGCCUAGCCCAGUGACCCCUCCGUCCGCGAACGCUUUGAGAAUCCAGAAAGGCGGCACCGCCUCCCCGACGCUCCGCCAACCACACUCAAUCUAGUAAUUUACACUGAGUUCAGGUUCCUUUCCGCCAGCCGCGGCCGUUCCAGAAGCGCAAGGCUGGCUGCCCUCGACUCCCCAGGGGCCCUGUGGGGUGGCGGGCAACGACUAAGGCGCGCGGGGUUGACGGCAUGGCGUUGAGACCUUGCGCGCCCGGCGGGCGGUGGUCCCGCCGGGGGAGCGUACAGCGAGCCCAGGGACGCCAGGCCUAGGAGGGUGGCAACCGGAGGCGCUCCUCUCUCAGCUUCCGCCCUAAGCCCAGGCCGCCGCCUCCAAGCAGCCCUCCGCGCUGCCGCCCUCCUGCUUCGGGUCGAUCCCCGACCAGUAGACGGGGUAGGCGGGGGCGUGGUGUGACCGGGGCGCAGAAGUAGGCGAGCCAGAGGGCGCCGCGCCACCGCCGCUCGGGGUAGCUGUAGGGCAGCCGGAGGGGCAGCGACAUCUGCGGGCGGGCGGACGGCCGACGCUUCCCGGCGGCGUGGAGACGAGCGGGGCGGCCGGGAGAACGCGGGCCGCUGCGAGCUGGGCGGGCCUCACUGUCGCGGGUGGGCCGGCACGCCCGCCAGCUGCGCCGGACCCCAGUCCCCCAGCGCGCUGCCCGGGACCGCGGGCGGGAGAAGCGAUGCCCCGGGCUGCGCGCUCACGUCGGUCCCACCGCAGGCGUCUCGGCGGCGACGUCCGUCCGUCUUGGGUUAGAGUUUGUCAAGUCACCUCUAGCCACUCGGAGAACCCGGUUUUCCCGUUGGGGACUGUAAUUGUUCUCGUUGUCUCUUGCCCUUAGAAAGUUACUCCGACGCUUUCGAUCAUCCGUCCCGAAUAAGAAAGAAAAAUAAAGAUAGAGUGUGGUCUGUCCCCAGGUGAGGGGGUGCAGGGGGAUCCCGUCUAGUGGGGAGAGCCAGUUGUAGCCGGAGCGGCGAGUCCAGCCCAUUGACAAUUCAGCCCCGGAAAGGGUUAAGUGCAUCCUGCCGGUUCGGUUUACAUGUAAAUAGAGAGCAGCUGCUCCGCGCGGGCCCCGGCUGGCCCUUUUAAGUUUUUGAUUGGUUGCCAAUGACAUCACCGCCCGUGUUAUAACACCAAGGACCCAAAGCAGCGUUGGAUCAACCCUCCUUAAAGAGACGAGGCCACGCCCUCGGCUCCACCUCCUCCUGUCGCUCAUUGGCCGCUGACUGCUGUGAGGUAGCGGUCAGCUUUCUCCGGAUUCCUAUUGGUCGAGUGCGCCGUCGGUCGGCAGCCGGCCCGCCCCCUCAGAACCUUACAUUUACAGUGUGGCAAAAGAGAAAGUAACUAUGUUACUGCUGGAGAUCAAUGAAGCCAAGUGAAUGGGGGCUGAAUGUGUGAAUCCACACUGAAGCGGAGCGCCAGAUGGUGGAGGGCUACACUUAUUUAUGAAGGAUGCAGAUCUCUUUAUACACUCCGCGCCUGUGUGUGAGUCGCGCACUCCUGUGGAGGUGGGGGUCCCAGCUUAUGUCUCCGUGAACACGCUUACGCAUCCCUCUCCAAGGAAAUGGACUGUUGAUUCUGGGACGUACCCUACCAGACUGUCUUGAGUUCUUCUUGAAUUGCCAGUUUUCAGCCUCCUCAUGCCUCCGUCUCCUUUAGACGACAGGGUAGUAGUGGCACUGUCAAGGCCCGUCCGGCCUCAAGAUCUCAACCUUUGUUUAGACUCUAGCUACCUUGGCUCUGCCGCUCCAGGCAGUAACAGCCACCCUUCUGUCAUCGCCACCACCGUUGUGUCCCUAAAGGCUGCGAAUCUGACGUAUAUGCCCUCAUCCAGCGGCUCUGCCCGCUCCCUGAAUUGUGGAUGCAGCAGUGCCAGCUGCUGCACUGUGGCAACCUACGACAAGGACAAUCAGGCCCCAACCCAAGCCAUUGCCGCUGGCCCCGCCACCACCGCCAUCGGAACCUCUACCACCUGCCCUGCUACCCAGAUGGUCAACAACAAUGAGAAUGCAGGCUCUUUAGGUCCAUCAGGUGGGGUGGGGAGCCCUGUGGCAGGGACCCCCAAGCAGCUAGCCAGCAUCAAAAUAAUCUACCCCAAUGACUUGGCAAAGAAGAUGACCAAAUGCAGCAAGGGUCACCUGCCAAGCCAGGGCCCUGUCAUCAUUGACUGCAGGCCCUUCAUGGAGUACAACAAGAGUCACAUCCAAGGAGCUGUCCACAUCAAUUGUGCCGAUAAGAUCAGCCGGCGGAGACUACAGCAGGGCAAAAUCACUGUCUUAGACUUGAUUUCCUGUAGGGAAGGCAAGGACUCUUUCAAGAGGAUCUUUUCCAAAGAAAUUAUAGUUUAUGAUGAGAAUACCAAUGAGCCGAGCCGAGUGAUGCCCUCCCAGCCACUUCACGUAGUCCUCGAGUCCCUGAAGAGAGAAGGCAAAGAACCUCUGGUGUUGAAAGGUGGACUUAGCAGUUUUAAGCAGAACCAUGAAAACCUCUGUGACAACUCCCUCCAGCUCCAAGAGUGCCGGGAGGUGGGGGGCGGCGCGUCCGCGGCCUCGAGCUUGCUACCUCAGUCCAUCCCCACCACCCCCGACAUCGAGAACGCGGAGCUGACGCCCAUCUUGCCCUUCCUGUUCCUUGGCAACGAGCAAGAUGCUCAGGACCUGGACACCAUGCAGCGGCUGAACAUCGGCUACGUCAUCAACGUCACCACGCACCUGCCCCUCUACCAUUACGAGAAAGGCCUGUUCAACUACAAGAGGCUGCCGGCCACCGACAGCAACAAGCAGAACCUCCGGCAGUACUUUGAAGAGGCUUUCGAGUUCAUUGAGGAAGCUCACCAGUGUGGAAAGGGGCUUCUCAUCCACUGCCAGGCCGGGGUGUCCCGCUCUGCCACCAUCGUCAUCGCUUACCUGAUGAAGCACACUCGCAUGACCAUGACUGAUGCUUAUAAAUUUGUCAAAGGCAAACGACCAAUUAUUUCCCCAAACCUCAACUUCAUGGGGCAGUUGCUAGAGUUUGAGGAAGACCUAAACAAUGGAGUGACACCGCGAAUCCUUACACCAAAGCUGAUGGGCGUGGAAACGGUGGUGUGACAAGUCUGGAUGGAAAGGAUUACUGUUCUCCAUUAGGGAGACGAAGAGGAAGCAGAAUGGAUUCUUUUUCUUUUUCUUUUUUUUUUUUUUUUUUUUGGUGGGGUUAAAGUUUGUGAAUGAAAACAAACUCAUUUAAAAGCUUUUUAUUUUUGACAAGUGUGAGAAGAAUUUAACUUUUGAUGCCCAUUGAGAUUUAUUUCCUAAGAACUGAUAAAGCAGGGAGGCUAAAGAAGUCUUUUUUUUUUUUUUAAGCCAACAAUAAACAUAUAAUACAACUUGUUUCUUCCCCUUUUCCUUUGAAGCUAUUUGUAGCGUUUGUGAUUAAAUAGUCUGUGCAGGUUCAUAGACCGAAGAUACUACACUUUAAACCAAUUAAAAAGAACCAAAACUAAGUAGUAAAGACAUUGAAUCAUGAAGACCUGGGAUGUGCGGAGGCCGUCCAUAUAGAAAACAGAAACCCUACCAAACCGAACCCUGUUCUAGCUCACCGGUGCAAAGAGACGAUCAGGGCAGCGUCAGUGGUCUAAGAACCCUCCACAUUCUUGAAAGAAACAAAGGAUACUAUUGAUUUUGUGUGUUUCAUACUCUGAAUUAUUAUAUUAUUUUCCCCUCUCUGGGGUUAAGAGAUUUUUUUAAAAAUAGCAAGGUACUGACCAUUCUACCAUAUGCCUUCACCGGCUUCUUGUACAAUAAUACGGUGUUUUGAGUGUGCAAACAAAUUAGAGCUGGCAGCCGAAUGAUAGACAAAUAGUGCAAAUUUGCCAGCUUGGAGAUAGAAAGGAAUUAAACAAACCAGUUACUUUCCUUCCCACCUUUUUCCUUUGUUUAUUUUUAUUUUAAUUUUUUGGAUUUGAUUCUGGUUACAGUGCCAUAAACCUUGUUACAUAUGUAUAUCAGAAUGUAAAAAAAAAAAAAAGACAAAAUUUAUUUAAAAAUAUUUUUCGCAAAAAAAAAAAAC